CCUGACAGCGCUGCCUCUUUUAUGUCUCGCUCUGUGGCCGCCUCCCGGUUUCGAGCAACACGGAACAACAAAUGUGAAAAAACAAACACAAACUAUAUUUUUAAACUUCCCACGGGCUCGUCUGUUUAAGUAUUGCUCUCAUCCCAUCAAUGAGCCAUGGCGAUAAACUUCGGCAAGAUCGUCGUGGGGAUUUAUGUGGAGAUAAAGCGCAGCGAUGGACGAAUACACCAGGCCAUGGUGACUUCCUUAAAUGAAGACAAUGAAAGUGUUACUGUAGAAUGGAUAGAAAAUGGAGACACUAAAGGGAAAGAGGUUGAUCUGGAGUGCAUAUUUUCACUAAAUCCAGAUGUCGCUCCAGAAGACGAGAUUUCUUUAAGUCCUGUUACCCCGCCACCUCCUACACCUAGCUCUGUUAAGGUUAACAAAAUCCCCAAGAAUCGCAGAACCAUUGCACCGGGAAGGAGUGAAAUCCCAUCUAGAGAUAACAGAGCUGUCUCAACCCGGGCAAGGCCGGCCCAGCAGCAGCAGCCAGAAUUGGCACCUCCUCCACCAGCACAACAGCCUUCACAACCCAUACAGAGUCAGACCCAAAGCCAGCUAACUCAGCAACAACAGAACGCAGCGAGGAGGAAGUCGAAUUGUGUGAAGGAAGUGGAGAAGUUGCAGGAGAAGAGGGAAAGACGAAGGUUACAGCAACAGGAACUGAGAGAGAAGAGAGCACAGGAGAUUGACACGACGGUUCCAAACUAUGAGAUACUGCAGAUGAUCAGAGACUUUAGAGCAAGCCUCGACUAUCGACCCCUAAACACAACAGAUUUGAUUGAAGAGCACCGAAUAUGUGUGUGUGUAAGGAAACGACCCCUUAAUAAAAAAGAGUUGUCCGUAAAGGACCUAGAUGUGAUCACUAUCCCCAGUAAAGACGUCGUCAUGGUCCAUGAACCAAAACAGAAGGUGGACCUGACUCGAUACCUGGAGAACCAAACAUUUCGCUUCGAUUAUGCGUUUGAUGACAGUACAACAAAUGAAAUGGUUUACAGGUUUACCGCAAGACCGCUUGUGGAAACUAUCUUUGAUAGAGGAAUGGCCACAUGUUUUGCUUAUGGACAAACUGGAAGUGGAAAAACUCAUACUAUGGGUGGAGAUUUUUCAGGAAAGAACCAGGAUUGUUCGAAAGGAAUCUACGCUUUAGCUGCUCGAGAUGUUUUUCUCAUGCUGAAGAAACCAAACUUUAAGAAGCUGGAUCUUCAAGUUUACGCGACUUUCUUUGAAAUCUACAGCGGAAAGGUGUUUGACCUGUUGAAUCGUAAGGCUAAGCUGCGUGUGCUAGAAGAUGGGAAGCAGCAGGUCCAAGUUGUUGGACUUCAGGAACGUGAGGUCAAAUGCACUGAGGACGUCCUCAAACUGAUUGAAAUGGGGAACAGUUGCAGGACGUCGGGUCAGACUUCAGCCAAUGCCCACUCGUCCCGCAGUCACGCCGUCUUCCAGAUUAUCCUGCGAAGGAAGGGCAAGAUGCACGGCAAGUUUUCGCUCAUCGAUCUGGCGGGUAAUGAGCGCGGAGCGGAUACGUCCAGCGCCGACCGGCAAACUCGCUUAGAGGGCGCCGAGAUCAACAAAAGCCUUUUGGCUCUGAAGGAGUGUAUCAGAGCUCUUGGCCGUAAUAAACCCCACACUCCAUUCAGAGCAAGCAAACUCACACAGGUCCUGAGAGAUUCAUUCAUUGGAGAGAACUCCAGGACGUGCAUGAUUGCCACCAUCUCUCCUGGUAUGGCCUCCUGUGAGAACACACUGAACACUCUGAGAUAUGCUAACAGAGUAAAGGAGUUUGGGAUUAGUCCAUCUGACAUCCCCUUCUCUCAGGGGGGAGGAUGCCGCUCCGAACCCUCUCCUACCUAUGAAGUAAAAGAGCUGACCGUUGAUCCUAACGCUGUGACCGAGGGAGGGCGAUCCAACGUCAACGCCAUCAACCAGCUGGACAUCAUGGAUGAAGAAUGGGAUCUGGGCAACUCCCCUCAGAGAGAUGACCUCAAGCUACUCUGCGAACAAAAUGAAGAGGAAGUCUCCCCUCAGCUCUUCACUUUCCAUGAAGCGGUUUCCCAUCUGGUGGAGAUGGAGGAGCAGGUUCUGGAGGACCAUAGGGCUGUGUUUCAGGAGUCCAUCAGGUGGCUCGAGGAUGAGAAAGUUCUCCUGGAGAUGACCGAAGAGGUGGACUAUGACGUGGACUGCUACUCUUCACAGCUCGAACAGAUUCUUGAUCAGAAGAUCGAGAUCCUCAUUGAGCUUCGAGAUAAAGUGAGGUCAUUCCGUUCUACGCUCCAAGAAGAGGAACAAGCCAGCAAACAGAUUAAUCCAAAGCGGCCCCGUGCGCUGUAGGCUGUAACACGUAUUAGAGGAGGAAUGACAAAUACAAGAGUCUUGUAGGCUUCUUGAAGUAUUCUGAAGAAACACUUUCACGUUCACAUGUGAAAAAAACGUUCGAUAAUUCUCUUACAAAUCAAAGGAUGGGAUUUUGUUCAUUUAAUAAACCCUUGUUAAAUAAUGAUGAUUUUGAGGAAAGCUUUAGAAUUUUUGUUUUCUUUUUUUUAUUAGUGUUGAUUUUAUUUAUUUCCUUUUUCAUUGUAGGUUAAGGGUACAGACUUGUAUCAGUCGAUACUCACAUGUUCUAGCCUUUUGGGGUUGCAUUUACACUUAUACAUUUGGCAGACGCUUUUAUCCAAAGCGACUUAUACCUUUCAUCAGUAUGCGUGAUACCUUUUGCACUGCUAACAUAAUGCUCUGCCAAUUGAGCUACAAGAACACCUGAAGUUCUUCAUUGGAGAUAUGCAUGAACAAUUGGCGCAAAAGUUUACCACUCCGUUCUUAGCGUGACUGACUUAAAGUGUGUCAUUUGCACAUUAAAUAACCUUGUUUUUAGGGUUGUGUUUCAUACUUGUAUCUUUGUUAAUUGGCUGAUACAGCAUUUACGGUUCCAUCUUUCUGUUUUAUUAAGGGCAGACCUUCUCAAAGAAGCAUUUAAUGCACUGGGAGAAAGUGGCAGAGGUUUUGUGAAUGAAUGAAUGAAUGUGAAAGUGUUUGCAGUCUUGUUAGUUUAUAUCGGUUUGACAGAUUUCCACGAUACCUUCUCUAAGUUGUCUGUAGAAUGCUUCUGUGCCAUAUCAUGAGUUAACAGUUUACCAAAACACUUCUCCCUUAGUGUUUUUCCAAAUGUCCAACAUUCUCACAUCCCCUAAUAAACUUUGUAUAAGAUACGAAACUACAGUGAAACUCUCAUAGCAAACGAAUAGGUAAUACCACUUUUACUAUGUUUACUUACUGUAUUGUACAGCACUUUGGGUUGCACACCAUGCAACCAAAAAUGUGCUAAAUAAGAAAUUCUCAAACUCAUUUACUGCUGUUUGGAGUGUUACAGGCAUCUCUCAACUCAGUGGUUGCUAAAUAAAGAAUGAUUUGACAAAGUUGA